AUGGCUUUUGCUGUGGAUAUUUCGCAGAUAGUUUUGUCGGCUUCGAUAGUCAGUGUAUCCUAUUUACUCUGGGUCUACUUCAAUUCUCCUUUGAGAAACGUCCCGGGACCAUUUUUGGCGAAAUUUACGAAUAUCUGGCGCUUGCUAGAUGUCUAUGGUGGCCGAGCAGAACUUACACACCAACUUCUCCAUAAGAAGUAUGGCGAGGCGGUGCGGAUCGGGCCAAAUACUGUCAGUUUGAGUAACCCAAAGCUCAUUCCAACGUUAUACAAUCUCAAAGGAGAUUUUCCCAAGGUUGGUUGUCUUGAUACCCCAGUUAUUGUCGUCCAAGUUAUAACACAUCGAAUGUACAGACCGAUUUUUACAGCGUCAGCGACGUCAAGGUUGGAAAAAACAUAAUGCAAAAUGUCUUUAGCGUUAAAAGCAACAAGGGUCAUGCUCAAAUUCUUAAGCCAAUCCAAAAGUUCUACAACAUGGGCGGUGUUAUGACCCUGGAGGGACGUAUAGAUGACGCCAUCACAGCUUUUGUAAAACGGGUGGACGAACUUUUUGUUGAUGGGUCAAACGCUGGAACUGUAUGCAAAAUGGAUGAUUGGAUGGGUUAUUUCGCUUGGGAUGUGAUCGCUCAGUUAACUUUCAGUAAGCCGAUGGGCUUUGUGGAAAAUGCCUCUGAUCACUCUGGUUUUAUUCGUAUUUCCGAGCGAUCUAUGGAUUACUUUGGCGUUAUCGGCCAAAUCCCCGCCUUGGAUCACUGGUUAGGGAAAAAUCCAAUGGGACCCAUCGGGCCCCCAACCUUUAGGGAAGCAGGAAUGUGGUGUGCAGAGCAAUCAAAGGCACGUCAAGAAGGUACAGAUGGAAAAACUACCGAUCAAAAAGAUAUGCUAGACAGCUUCCUCGAAGUCAAAAGGAACAACCCGGAAUUGAUGAACGAAUCUGACGUUGUGGGCUCUCUUCUUAUCAACAUACUCGCUGGUGCUGACACGACCGCAAUCGUCCUAAGGUCGAUCAUCUACUAUACACUCAAAACACCCCGUGUGUACAAGAAACUUGUCGAAGAACUUGAUUCUGCAAAUUUGUCCACUCCAGUGGUCUACAAAGAAGCCAUCAAGCUUCCAUAUCUCGAGGCUGUCAUCAAAGAGGCCAGUCGAGUGCAUCCCGGAGUCGGACUUUUGCUAGAGCGGACCGUCCCCGCGCGUGGUCUCGCUCUCCCCGAUGGAACUUUCUUGCCUGCCGGAACAACCGUCGGUAUAAAUCCCUGGAUAGCCGGUCACAGUAAAAUGGUAUACGGAGAAGAUGCCACUUCCUUCGUCCCAGAGCGUUGGCUCCGCUAUACCGAUCUAGAAACCGAAGAGGAAUACCAGACUCGUCUCUCCAUGAUGAAACAAACCGAUCUGACUUUCGGUGCCGGAAAUCGUAUCUGUCUUGGGAAAAACAUCAGCAGUCUGAAUAUUAACAAGCUUAUAGCUACCCUGUUCACAAGAUAUGAUGUGAGUAAUCAUUUAUUCCAUUUCUUCCAUUUAUUCCAUUCCUUGAAAACCGCCAAAAUGCUUACAGAUAGUUAGAUGCAACUCGUAGACCCGAAAAAGGAAUGGGGGAUCCAAAACUCUUGGUUUGUGAGACAAACAGACAUAGAAGUAACGAUAAAAAGAAGACAAUCUAGGUCUACCUAGGUACCCUAUGUAGAUUAGAAGAUAAGCAGUGCAAUUGUAAGAUUAGAGUAUCAAUUUCAUCCGAUUCCUAUGAUUCUGCG